AUGGCACCACGAAAGAAGGAAGCAGAGGCAUCUGCACCAACGCCGGCAGAAGAUGUAUCAAUGGAGGAAGUGCCAGCAGAAACUGAAGGCGAGACCCUCAUGCGCGAAGAUCCGCACAACCCCGCUGCGAUGAUGUUCCAGGAACAGAGACUUCGCAUUCUUCCUGGAUCGAGUGAUAAGGCUGCAUCUUUUGAGUUCAAGAAGGAAGAUCACACAUUAGGCAAUGCGUUGAGAUACAUCAUCAUGAAGAAUCCUGAUGUUGAGUUCUGCGGUUAUUCGAUACCACAUCCUUCGGAAGAGUUAAUGAACAUUCGAAUUCAAACAUAUGAUAAUUCUGCUGAAGAUGCUUUAAGAAAGGGGUUAGAUGAUUUGAUAGAUCUUUGUGAUGUGGUUGCCGAUAAAUUCACAGCAGCACGGGAGCAGCAUGCCUCUCAGAUGGAGUCGUAA